AUGAGGACUACUGGCGCAGUGGACUGUUUGUACUAUUGCCUGCUCAUCCUGCAGUUUGUGCAUCAUCCCGACGCCAAGCAGGUGCUCCGGUACCGCCUGGCCGAGGAGGGACCCGCCGACGUCCGCGUGGGCAACGUGGCCGGGGACCUGGGCAUCGUGGCCGUGUCCGGCGAGGUGACGUUCACGCUGGAGUCCGGCUCCGAAUUCUUCAAGAUAGACAACUUGACAGGUGAGCUCACCACCAACGAGAGGCGGAUAGACCGCGAGAAACUGCAGCAGUGCCAAAUGAUCUUCGACGAGAACGAGUGCUUCAUAGAUUUCGAGGUGUCCGUCAUCGGACCGGCGCAGAGCUGGGUUGACCUCUUCGAGGGGAAAGUCAUCAUAUUAGACAUAAACGACAACACCCCGUCGUUCCCGUCCCCCGUCCUCACUCUGUCCGUGGAGGAAAACAGACCCAUCGGAACUCUUUAUCUGCUGCCCACAGCCACAGACAGAGAUUUUGGCAGGAAUGGAAUAGAGAGAUACGAGCUUAUUCAGGACAACGGGGAGAACUCCAGGCGCCUGGGGUCUUCCGGAGAUCCGUACUCUGGGAAGAGGAGAUUUGAGGAGGGGGCGAGCCGGAGCAGCGUCUUUGAACUGCAAGUUGCUGACACCACUGACGGGGAGAAGCAGCCUCAGCUCAUCAUUAAAGGGGCUCUCGACAGAGAACAGAGAGACUCCUAUGAGCUCACGUUGCGUGUCAGGGAUGGAGGAGACCCCCCUCGCUCCUCUCAGGCCAUUCUGAGGGUUAUGAUCACUGACGUGAACGACAACAGCCCUCGCUUUGAGAAAGCCGUGUAUGAGGCAGACCUGGCAGAGAACAGCUCCCCCGGCGCCCCCAUACUGCAGCUCAAAGCGGCCGACGCCGACGUGGGGGUCAACGGCCAGAUCGAAUAUGUGUUCGGAGCAGCCACGGAGUCGGUCAGGAGGCUGCUGAGGUUGGACGAGAGCACGGGCUGGCUGAGCGUGCUGCACCGCAUCGACCGCGAGGAGGUGAGCCAGCUGAGGUUCACGGUAAUGGCCCGUGACCGAGGCCAGCCGCCCAAAAUGGACAAGGCGACGGUGGUGCUGAACAUAAAGGACGAGAACGACAACGUCCCCGCCAUCGAGAUCCGAAAGAUCGGGCGCAUUUUCCUAAAAGACGGGGUAGCCAACGUGGCCGAGGAUGUAGUGGUGGAUACACCCAUUGCCUUAGUUCAGGUGUCAGACCGUGACCAGGGAGAAAAUGGCAUCGUUACAUGCACAGUGGUAGGUGAUGUGCCUUUCCAGCUCAAACCGGCGAGUGAGAUGGAGGGAGAGCAGACUAAAAAGAAGUAUUUCCUGCACACGUCCGCACCGCUGGACUAUGAAGCCACGCAGGAAUACAAUGUGGUCAUAGUGGCCGUGGACUCCGGAAGCCCCAGCCUGGCAAGUAAUAACUCGCUCACUGUCAAAGUGGGUGAUACUAAUGACAACCCUCCUAUUUUCAGUCAGAGUGUAGUAGAGGUGUCGUUCCCUGAAAACAAUGCCCCUGGCGAGAGGGUGACAACAGUGGCAGCCAUUGAUGCAGACAGUGGGAAGAAUGCUGAAAUAGCCUAUUCCCUAGACUCAUCAGUAAAUGGGAUUUUCUCUAUCGAUGCAGACAGUGGAGACAUCCGAGUAAACACCAUUCUGGAUAGGGAGCAAACAGAGCGCUACGAAUUUAAAGUGAUCGCCAAAGAUAAGGGCAUAAACACCCUUCAGGGCUCUGCGACCGUGGUUGUCCUCGUGGCCGACAAGAAUGACAACGAGCCAAAGUUCAUGCAGGAUGUGUUCACCUUCUACGUCAAAGAGAACCUAGAACCCAACAGCCCAGUUGGCAUGGUUACAGUAAUUGAUGCUGAUAAAGGUCAGAAUGCCGAGAUGGGUCUAUUUAUCGAAGAGGAGGAGGACAUCUUCUCUAUUGAGAAUGAGACGGGGACAAUUUUCUCCACCUUGUCCUUUGACCGAGAGCAGAAAACCACAUACACGUUCCGAGUAAAAGCUGUGGAUGGCGGUGACCCUCCCCGAUCGGCCACAGCCACAGUUUCGCUAUUCGUCAUGGACGAAAAUGACAACGCACCCACAGUCACUUUCCCGAUAAACAGCUCCUACACUCUUCUUCCUCCUUCGAGCAACAUCAGAACAGUAGUCAGGACUGUCAUAGCCACCGAUACAGAUACUGGCAUCAACGCAGACCUGAACUACAGCAUAAUUGGGGGCAACCCUUUCAAGCUGUUUGAGAUUGAUGGAGGCACUGGGGUCAUUUCGCUGAUGGCAAAGCUGGAGCAGAAGCACUAUGGCCUCCACAGACUGGUUGUCCAAGUCAAUGAUAGUGGACAGCCUUCGCAGAGCACCACUACGCUGGUUCAUGUGUAUGUUAACGAGACUCUUUCUAAUUCCACUAUAGUGGAGGCACAGGUGGCUAAGAGCCUGAGCACGUCCCUCAACACCAACAUUGCCGGUGACCCCAACUAUGAUCUAAGCAAGCAACGCUUAAGCAUUGUAAUUGGAGUAGUUUCGGGCAUCAUGACUGUCAUUCUCAUUAUUCUGGUUGUUGUCAUGGCCCGUUAUUGUCGUCCAAAGAAUAAGAACGGGUACGAGGCCGGUAAGAAGGAUCACGAGGACUUCUUUACACCACAGCAACACGACAAAUCCAAAAAGCCCAAGAAAGAUAAGAAGAAGCAAAAGUCCAAACAGCCUCUCUACAGUAGCAUCGUCACUGUGGAGGCCUCCAAACCCAACGGUCAGCGCUACGACAGCGUUAACGAGAAGCUGUCGGACAGUCCCGGCAUGGGACGCUACCGGUCAGUCAACGGCGGACCGGGCAGCCCGGACCUGGCGCGGCACUACAAGUCCAGUUCACCGCUCCCCACGGUCCAGCUUCACCCACAGUCCCCGACAGCUGGAAAAAAGCACCAGGCAGUUCAGGACCUGCCCCCUGCUAAUACCUUUGUUGGCACCGGAGAUAACAUUUCCCUUGGAUCUGACCACUGCUCCGAGUACAGCACUCAAACCAUCAACAAGUACAACAAACAGGAACAGGAAAAGGGCAAAAGCACAGAGAGAAGGGGCCACUCGUGCCCAGGUGGAUCACUUUUAAUCAGCAGUGAGCCACGGCAGCUUGUACUCCGUGUUCCCGCCGUGGAGCCCCCCUCGGGGCAGACGGGGCCCCCUGGGCUGAUGCGGCGAGCAAAACCAGUACGCUGUCCUUUAGCCAGCUCCCAGUCCUCGAUGCCCCGCCCUCGGGCCAGCUGUUCCCGCCGUGCCAAAGUCCUUGUCCACCUGAUUUGCAUCGGGCAAAGCCUCAACCCAACACACUUCCAACAGCACGGGCAAUAUCGCCAUGCACGAACAGAAAGAGCCCCUGAUCUAACUCCUCAGUCAUUUUCCACCUUUCAGAGUUAG